AUUGAAAAGAGGAAGAAGAAAGAGCAUGAAGUUACCAGCGGGGACGCGGAGCUGGCGGCUCGGUGUGGACUGAAAACAGCUUCAUUUACUGAGGUGUAAAGCGUCAUGGCGGCGCCCAGCAGCGGCGACACCAACCACGAGUCCGGCAAACAUGAAUUUGCUCUGGACAUCCCCUUCCCCUCGUCUCGUGAGGCCGUCAUUGCCCUUCAGUCUCUGUCGCCCGACCGAGAGCCACGGAAAGGCGGCAUCAGCAAGCAGCUUUCAGUGUCUGGCAGCAAGUUGUCUGUGAGAUGGAGUGCAGAUGAAGCUCGAAUCCUCCGUGUGUCGGUGGCGUCGUUUCUGGAUCAUUUGUCACUGGUGGUGGAGACCAUGGUGAUGUUUGGGCCGCCUGUCUCGCAAUGAUGUAUCACCACAGAUCCAUAUUCGCAUUUAUCUGCAUUUCUCUCAAUUCUGUUUUAGUUCUCUUGUGUUUCAAAACUGUCUUACAAAGGGUUCAGUUGUAACUGUAAGGGGGAAACACACAGACAAUAUUGUGAUUGUCUGUUUAUUUGGUGUAAAGGCUUGAGUGUGAGCCUUGCACAUGGAUGUUUGAGGGACUGAUAUUUGAAAAUUGUGGAAAUCUCACGGGUUGUUUAAGUGUAACUAGAGGUCAUCUGGCUGUGGUUGGUAAUUAAGAGGUUAAGGCUUUCUUUGUCUCAGUGAAAGGCAGCUGGUCCCUAACAGAUGACAAAGAAUAAGUUUAUUUUCUUUUGCACUGGUGCUCUUAAGGUUGGUGAACCGAACUGUAACAGACAAAUAGCUUUUCUAAAUGUGUCUGUUUAGUAUUUUUUUAAGUAAUGAAUAAAGUUUUUCUAUUAUUA